GACGUAAUAACUAUUUUUUUUUUCUUUUUUUCGAGGGAAUUGGUGGGGGUCAGAGGGCCUAGGUAAAAGCUCACGGCUCGCGCCACUGCCAGAGGCCUUUGUAAAACAUUUCAUACACGGAAACGGACGUGGUUCUGCUGGUAGAUGCUCUUGUCUCUGACGCUCUUCCUGUGGAGGCUCUAUCGACAUUUCUCCAUCAUGUUCAGCUCAGAAAGACUCACAGUCCCGGAAUAUGUCAGCCGGCUGCAGAGAGGGAGGAGCGGCUCCGGAUCCGAGCCUAAAGCAGUGUCUCCGGGCGUCAGAGCCGAUGUCCAGCUGGUUCUGGACGGCGCCCUCCCCGCCCUGCGCUGCGCCAUCAAGAGGCUCAAGUCCUCGCACGAGACCUCGGAUUCAGAUGAAACACGGAAGGCCAUCGCGGAGCUCUUCCAGCUGGUGGAGGAGGCCUGGGUUUUGCCCACUGUAGGGCGUCAGGUGGCCGAGGAGAUCUGCAACAGGAUCCGGCUGGAUGGAGGCCUGGAGCUGCUGCUGCAGCUUCAGCAGAAUCCUGCUCUGGAGAUCACCUAUGAGUCUGCAAAACUGCUGGAGCAGAUACUGACCUCAGAGAACAGGGAUUAUGUAGCCCGUAUGGGUCUGGGGGUCGUCCUCAACCUCACUCGACAUCAGGAAGAUGCACAGCUGGCUCGCAGUGUCUCGGGGAUCCUGGAGCACAUGUUCAAACACACUGAGGAGACGUCUGUCCACCUUAUCUCUAACGGGGCCCUGGAUGCCCUCCUCUUCUGGUGCCGCGGCACAGACCCCACAGUGCUGCGCCACUGUGCCGUGGCACUAGCAAACUGUGCCAUGUACGGAGGCCACCGCUGCCAGAGAUGGAUGAUUGAGAAGCAGGCAGCUGAGUGGCUUUUCCCUCUGGCUUUUUCCAAAGAGGAUGAAAUCAUUCGCUUCCACGCAUGUCUGGCUGUGACUGUGUUAGCUGCAAACCAAGAAAUUGAGAAAGAGGUGGUGAAAUCUGGAACCCUGGAGCUGGUGGAGCCAUUUAUUGCAUCUUUAGAUCCGGACGACUUUGCCCGCAGUUUGUUGGACAGUUCAGACAACAUGCAGGGCAGGACAGCAGCGGACCUGCAGCAUUUUCUGCCAUUACUGGAUGGCACAAGACUGGAAGGAAAGUGCAUUGCAGCCUUUUACCUUUGUGUGGAGGCCAGCAUCAAGUCUCGUCAGGGCAAUACUAAGAUAUUUCAAGAGAUUGGAGCAGUGCAGAGCCUAAAAGAAAUGGUGAUGUACUCCAGUAACGGUACAGCCUGUGGCCUCGCCAAGCGGGCACUGAGUGUGAUGGGAGAGGAAGUGCCAAGACGCAUCCUGUCAUGUGUGCCCAACUGGAAAACCUGUGAAGUGCGGACCUGGCUGCAGCAGGUCGGCUUCAGUGCCUACUGUGACCGAUUCCAGGAGCUCCAAGUAGAUGGAGACCUCCUGCUGAACAUCACAGACCAGGAGCUGUGCCAUGAUCUGGGCAUGACUGCAGGCCUCAGUCGCAAAAGGUUUCUGAGAGACCUGUGUGUGUUGAAGACGUAUGCCAAUUACUCCACAUGUGACCCAAACAACAUGGCUGACUGGUUAGUGGAGGUUGACCCUCGUUUCCGGCAGUACACCUACGGACUGGUCCAGUCAGGAGUGGAUCGCGAUAACUUCAAGAGCCUGACGGAUCAGCAGCUCCAGAACGAUUGCCACAUAGACAACGGUGUCCACAGAGCCAAGAUUCUCUCAGCUAACAACAAGCCCUUAAAACCAUGCCAAACUGAUGCUCAGCCUGCAGGGCCCGACGUCUUCAUCAGCUACCGUCGGACUACUGGCUCCCAGCUGGCAAGCCUUCUGAAGGUGCACCUGCAGGUCCGAGGAUAUAGCGUCUUUAUAGAUGUGGAGAAGCUGGAGGCCGGAAAAUUUGAGGACAAACUGAUCCAGAGCGUACAGCGGGCACGUAACUUCAUUCUGGUCCUGUCCUCCAAUGCACUCGACAAGUGCAUGGGUGACACUGACAUGAAGGAUUGGGUGCACAAGGAGAUAGUCACCGCCUUGGCUGGGAAGAAGAACAUAGUUCCUGUCACGGAUAAUUUCAUGUGGCCUGAACCCAUAUCUCUGCCCGAGGACAUGAGGUCAAUUCUCAAUUUCAAUGGCAUCAAAUGGUCCCACGAAUAUCAGGAGGCCACGAUCGAGAAGAUCCUACGAUUUCUGAAAGAACAGCAAGACCAAAUCGACUGCAAGGAUGCACCCGAAGUGCAGAAAAAGAAAUAAGCUGACAUUUGAAGUUUGAUUUCAGCUAUAAUGACUUUAAAUUAUGCCAAAUUCAACAUUGCCUACGGUGAAAAGGGCGGCAGCUUUCCCCUGCUCCAUAUGCAUAUGCAUGUGAAGUGAAUCUGACUAUGUUUAUGCUCACACAAAACCCUGAUAUAAAUUGACAUAGUAUAAUGCAAACAAUAAAUGAAAAUCUAAAGGGGAUUUCAGAUUGUAUAUAAUAAACUGUAAGCCUUUAAUGAUAUACCCUCGUUCUGCUGUAUAUGUGUGAUCAGGUACAGUAUAUGCCUUCUGUCUCUCAGGAAAAUAACUGUGAUAGAUCAGCCGCUGUUGGCACCCCAGCAAAAUCAUCACUAGCAAUCUUUGAAGCAGUUA